AUGUCAAACCACGGCGCCGUUGUGACCGGUUCCAGAAACCUUCAAAAUCUCGUUGAAAUAAAAAGUAUUCCCUAUCCUCAAUUGGAAGACAAUGCUAUAAUCGUUAAAACAGUUGCUUAUGCUGUAAAUCCUUCAGAUUGGAAACACAUAUUACUCGAAUCAUUUGUGUCCCAAGUAUCUUCUGAUGUGUCAAAAAUGUUUGGUUUUGGAAUUGGUCUUCUUGAGAGACCACUUGGUUGUCUUGGAUCAAAUAUAGGUUGGUUUAUUGGCAAAAAUCUCACUUUUGCUCGCAGAGGUGUGGUCCUGGGUUGUGACGUCAGUGGCGUUGUAGAAGCGGUUGGACCCAAGGUUACGGGUUUUUCAAAAGGAGAUAUUGUUUCUACUUCUGUUCAUGGAGCCAUGAGCAAAAACGGAGCUUUUUCAGAAUACGUUUCGACGAGCCCUAACGCUACCAUCAAGUACCCUCCAUCGCAACUUCUGCAAAAACCACUCAGUCCUGGGGAGUAUCCAAGCUCAACAAUUGACUCAUUUGAAGGAGCCGCUUCCAUUACUAUGGGCUUAACGACGGUGGGAUUGAGUUUGCACUGUAACCUUGCCAUACCUCUGAACAAAGCAGAGAACAAAGACGACUAUAUUCUUAUAUGGGGAGGUGCAACCGCCACGGGUAUACUUGCUAUUCAAGUUGCCAAAUUGAUAUAUGGAAUCAAGGUGAUCACUACAGCAUCGCUGCGCAAUCAUCCACUCUUGCUUUCUUUGGGAGCAGAUCAUGUGUUUGACUACAGUGACGAGAAUGUGGUGCAAAAAAUCAAAGAAGUUGGUAAAGGUAACAUAAAGUAUGGAUACGAUUGUGUGGCUACAACAGAAACAUUUCAAGCAGUUUAUGAUGCCACUGAAGGGCCUGAAGAGGUUCGUCUUGAGAAUCUCUUGUUUUUGACGGAAAAGUCAAUCACCACCAAACCCAAUAGGAAGGUCAAAUGUUCCUCUGCCAAUGCGUACCUGGUUGAUGGAAAGAGACACAUGGGAAUGAAGGCCCUGCCUGGUGUAAUUGAGUCGUAUCUCGUAUACUGGAACAACCUUCUUCCUCCUAUUUUGGGCCAAAUCAAGACUGCUCCUUUGCAAGUGCUUUCACCGGGUUUGCUGUCUGCUAACGAAGGGUUGAGAUUGUUGAUUGAAAACAAAGUGAGCGGGCGAAAGGUGGUGUUUAGAAAAGGCGAUUAG